AUGAUUGGCACGACGGGAGACCGUGAUAGCGUUGGUUGGGCCCACCAGGAGGAGCGGGAAGGGACGGGGAGGGGGAGGGGGAUCAGACAUUCCGACGUCCCAGAUUGGGAGAGGCCAUCAAAGGUCCAAGUCGAAGACAUCCUUCUGGGGCAGUUCGGUGAUUGGCGAACGUUGGGCGACGCGGUGGUGCGGACCUCGCUAACAAGCAAUUCUACCGACAUAGGCGCAACUUCUGCAGCUGCAGCAGCAGAAGCAGCAGCACAGCACCAACUACAACCAGCAUCGUCGACGCCAGGAGACCCAGCACCUCCCGCCUCACCGAUGAGACGAGUCGAGCGAGAACAGGAUCUUCUGCCGGCGAAGCACCCGCCGAGGUCCUCGAAAAGAGAGAAAGCACAGGAGGAGCAAGCGCAACGGAGGCGCGGAGAGCAACGCCGGCAGAAACAACAGGCUAGCGGACACCCGAGGGGUGGCGGUGGAAGAUACCCAGCCAAGAAGUGUCCCGCGAUGAAGCAAGGGACGGAGCCGGUUCCCGAGGAGGACGUGCAGAGGUGCUACGACGAGAUGCGGAAGGAAUUCGUCUUCGGAGAGCCGUUGAGACAGAUAGAAGUGGUGACGAUGGGCGAGAAAAAGCGGGUCAAGGACUCCCCGCGAGGCGUGGUCACCUACAUGAGCACUUCUCGGACAGACGAUAUUACGGCGCUAACCCAGUCUCUCCAGACCCUUUCCAAGAGCUUUCUAGCGCAGCACCCAUACCCGGUGGCCAUCAUCCACGAGGACUUCACGACGGACCUGAUGAAAAAGAUUCGGGGCAUGGUGCCGGUGCCGAUCCACUUCGUCAAGGUGGCCUUCAAGCUGCCCGAUUGGAUGGAGCCGUUGAGCUGGGUAUAUCCGUUGGCGGUGAAGCAGUUUACCGGGCACCCCAAAUCGGAGCCAGUGGUGGGGUACCACAGCGAGAUGCGUGGCUUACUCCCUUAUGUCAAGAGGGGCGGCUUCGGAUACUUCCACAUGUGUCGGUAA